AUGGCUGUCGUAGCGACCAAUCCCAAGUGUAAAGUCCAAUGCUUAAACUUGCCGGUUCCAAAGAAACGCAGAUUCUCCUCUAUCAAAAACCCACUUUCCAAUCCUACAAUGUCGACACGCUCUGCCUUUCUGUUUCACGUCCGAUUUAUUCGAUUCAGAUCAUUGGCUUCUUCCUCCGUUUUAAAAAGGAAGAAAAAACAUAGAGAUCCCCGUCUUAUUGACCAAGAGGAGACAAAAGUAGAUGAUGUGAAGACCAUUCAAGUUUCUACUAAACGUUUUUUGCCGCUCAACGAGGAGGAAAAAGUUCAAGUCGAACAUGCCUUUUCUGUGAUAAAUAGAAAGAAGGUCUUGGUUUCGCAUGAAAACUCCAACCUUGAUAUUAAUGGAAAAACUUUACAAUGCCUAAUGCCGACUGCGUGGCUUAAUGAUGAGAUCGUCAAUCUCUAUCUUGAAUUGCUGAAAGAGAGAGAAGCUAGAGAUCCCAUAAAGUACCUCAAAUGUCAUUUCUUCAACUCCUUCUUUUACACUAAGCUACUAGGCUGUUCUGGUUCUAAUUACGAUUAUCAAGUCGUAAGGAGAUGGACUACCAAGAAAAAGCUGGGAUAUGAUCUUAUUGACUGUCACAUAAUAUGUGUUCCAAUCCACAAAGGUACACAUUGGACCCUUGCAGUGAUUAACAUCAAGGAACGCAAGUUCAUGUAUCUUGAUUCACUAGCUAAGGCUAUUCCUACAAAAAUUUUGAAUGCUCUGGUAUAA